UUGAUUUUGAGAAAUUUCUGUGGAACUGCAUCAACAUUUCUGCCACUUCAGCUUUACUUUUGGUUUGAGAUUCAGUUCAGGUGAAGAUGCGUCUGUUUGUCAUCAUCUCAGUGUUGCUGGUGUUGGGCUUUCCGUUCAUCAUGACUGAAGUUGUUGAAUCAUUCAGCACAUGCAGCGAUUUUUUUUUAAAAGAUCAGCCUCCAGAUAUUAAAGAUGUUCUAAACAAUUCAGCCUCGCAGGAUAAUAACCGCUACAAAUUAAUCUGUCAAAGGUAUGACAACGAAUACAGAUUUGCAUCUCUCUAUGACACAAUGAAGAGGAUCCCUAUUUUCUCAGCUUACAAAUAUACUGGGCAUUAUGAUGAAAAACCACAUAUUCCAUGGAUGGUGGAGCCGCAGCUUGAGCCUUUAGAUGGCACAAUGUCUGUACCAGGAGCCAAUCAGGCUAUAGACAGAGACUACUGGAACCAGGAAAUACCGGACAAACUGGAACGUGGUCACUUAUUUCCCAACGGCCACGCAGCUGAUGAAAUUAAUGCUGAAUCUACAUACACACUGACCAAUACUGUGCCACAGAAGAAAAGCUUUAAUGGUGGUAGUUGGAGAGUUAUGGAGCAAAAUGUUAGAAAUUUCAUGCAUUCUAACUGCCGUGACAAAAAUAACGCUGAUAAAAUCUUGGCGUAUGUGCUGACAGGAGCUGUGCCUGGUAACAGACUCUUGAAUGAAAGAGUCAACAUUCCCUCACACAUGUGGACCGUCUUCUGCUGCUUUAAUACUAAGACUAAAGCAUGGGAAUCCAAGGCUUACUGGGCUGAAAAUAAAGGUGAGAAUAUACCACACCCAAUAAUCGCUGAAAAAACCCUGGAGCAAUUAGAGGAUUUUCUGUCUAAAAAAUAUAAACCAUUCACACUCUUCAGUGAAGAAUGUUACAAUAUUUUCCCACAAAUUAAAUUAUUCAGUUCUGAAGAUGUACCUUGGUGGCUCUUAAUUAAAUAAUUUCCAGCAUUAUUUUGCACCUGGUUAUGCAGCUAAAUGAUCUCUAAAAUCAUUCUCAGCUAAGCUUGUUUGAAUGUGAAGGUAGCAUGAAAAAAUAACAGUAAAAUAUUUCUGACCCUGUUAUUUCUUCAAUGUCUAUGUAAUGCAAGACAAAUAAAUGCUUUCAAAAUAAAAGCUUAUACUCUCAGUGCAAAAUUGA